AUGUCUGAUUCCGGUACUGAAUUUCGAGGUCCACACCCGGGAUACCCAUCUUCUUGGAACCGAGAGUCUUCCUGGUUCCGAGAGGAGCAUCUACCACACCCCCGACGCAUGGUUCGAGAUCCAUGGGAGGGCACGCUGGAGUCCGGGCUUGCUGACAUGCACGAAUUCCAUCUGAAACACCACCGCAAGGAACUGGAAUGCAUUGGCGAAAGGAUGCGGGCCAAUAAACCCAGGAACUCGAUUCAUCAGCUUGCUGAAGAUGCCUCUCAAAUCAGCUCAUAUGCAUGUCAUCUGAUGGAAGAGGCUGGAAAGAUCGAAUUCAACGCGCUUCAGAUGAGCAACAAGAUUCAUGCACAUGCAUCGAUGAAGACUACAAUGAAGACGAGGGCGGAUGUGGCAGGUCUGGAGGCAAACGUGGCCAGUCUUAAUGAAGCCGCCGCGAAAAUCAUCAAGUCUGCCGCCGAGGUCUGCGCUCAGGUUGCAGAGAUGAACGUGAACAUGAUGCGAAUCAGUGCGGAAGUCAAUGAUGCCAGUGCGAGCAAAGCGAAGGAGGAUGUGAGUGGUGCUCGGGAGACCGAGCAGCAGGAGUGGCGACGCAGGAAUAAGGCCAAACAUUGUGAAUCGGGUGAUUGUGAUUAUUGGGGAGGUGUGGGCCCUUGGCACACGAACAUACCAAAGAAUACAGCAACCUUUUGGCUGGAUCGACCGAAUACUACACCCAUUAAUCACAGCCUAUGGGGCCCGAGCAUGGGAAGCCAUCAUAGAUCAGUUGAUAGCUACGAACAGCGACGAAGCCAGAAUAAGGGUAUGAAUGCUGCAUCCGCUAACCACGGCGAAUGGGACACGAACACAGUAAGCUAUCAUGGAUCAGCUGAUAGCUACGAACACCGACGGAUCCAGAACAAGGGAGAGGAGGUUGACAAUGAUUCCUGGGUUUAG